GCGAAAUAUCCCAGUUGCCAUUUUGCAGGUUGUCGGACGCAUGGUCGCGCAGUCGUGCAGUGUCGUCGCGCCGGCGCCGGACGUCGUCCUUACGCUCACCGACCUCGAGCUAUCGAGCCCGCCGGCCGCGUGUGGCCGGUCCAUCGCGCAGCAGCGCCAGUACUUUGUCCGCCUUCUCUGCCGCGAAGUGCUCAAAGUGCACACGCUCCUCCGCGCGCCGUUCGAGAAGCGCACGGUCAUCGACACGUGCCGGUCCGUCGAAGAGAGCCUCUUCGCCGCCAACGCCGAUUCCUUUGACGCGUACGUGCGCCACAUGCGCACGCGUGUCCAGCUCAUCGCCAAGAAGGGCUGCGCGCUCGUGCGCCAGACAAGCGACGACGACGUAGUGCAAGCGCCGACCGAGCCGACGAAUGCAGCGCCGGCCACCACGACGCAUGAAGAGACAGCCGCCGCGUUCCAGCAAGCGCAGCUGCGGUAUACCGUGGGCGCGGCGUGGAUAAAGAACCAACGCAAGCGGGCGCGCUUCCGCUGGAGUCUGGCAAGCCCGGCCGAAGACGCGCACGUCGACGCCGUCAUGGCCUCGGCCCGCGCCGAAGUGCUCGCCUCGCUCCGCACCAUGUAUGCCGAACCCCUCGCUCUGUACGAGGCGCAGCUGCGCUCGUCGCUCGCGGUCCAACACCGGGACUGGGUCGCCUACGAUCUGAGUGUUGUCCAGUCGCUCCGGGACGCGCUUCGCCCCGACGCCGAGACGGACGCCGAGAUGUCGACGCUCCACACUCAGAUCCAGCGCCUCCUCAAAGAGAAGGCGCUCUUCGACUACAUGUGGGCCAUGGAAAUGGCGUCCACUUGAUUAUUUAACACCGCCGCAGUAGUAGGCCGCUCUCCCGUACGAAUAUAGCACGCAUAGUUAAUAUAAAGAGCGCCACUUCUAGUUGAAGUACACCG